AACACGGCGUGACACAUGUGCAGGUGUUUGUGUGUGUUUGAUUGAGUGCGUUAGCGCGAACGAUCGGCGAGUCUUCAGCGCGGCAGCGGGCGCGAGAGACAUCUACGCCGUACAAAAGACUUGGCCGGCGGGUGAAGCGACGAACCUGACUGCGCGCUGGAAUUUGCCGAUCGCCCCGCACAAGUGACUACCACCACCGCCACCGCCACCGCAGCCCGGCCACCGUACGCACCGUACGCGUGUAGAGGCCCGUGAAGACGGGGCGUGAGCGAUAACCGGACGCGGGAUCGACAGUCGCUCACCGCAAGUGCCACCGUUAGCAUCUCUCGGGCUCCGUGCCGUGCCGUUUUGGUGAUCCCGCGUGAAGUGCGUGCAGUGUGCGCCGCAGUGUUUCCGCAGUGAGUGGUGGGAAGCGAUUACAACCACAAACCGGAGAAGCAGUGCGCGAAAAACAAAAAAAAACAAGAGCCAUGCAUGAUAAGCUGGCGGUGCUGGUGGUUGGCGUGGUGCUGUGUGCCUCGCUGGCCAGCCUCCAGGUGGCGAGGACCGACUUCAGUGAUUAUGAAAUCGAUUACGACGAGGAAGGCUUUUGGAUUGGUCACGGGCUCGGAAGCCGCAAAGAGGGAGAUGAAGUCCUGAAGGUGCUGCACAAAUCGGUAGGCCCAUUCGUGGAGCCCCAAAACGUCACCGUGGUGGAGAAGUUCAGCGCGGCCGAUGGUGAAAGUAUUACGUUUACACAAUUCAACUCGUCUAAG